CUCGAACACUGGUCCUCGAGAAGUACAUGAUGUUGUAGAAGUUCUUGAUGAUGAUCGAGUUCCUCCUGUAGAAGACUUCUAGUUCUAGUUCUAGUAUCUAUAUUGUUGAGGGUUACCACAUUGCAUUCUUCACUACCAUCCUUGACUUUUUUUUGAAAGGGGUCAAGGAUGACCUACACUACACUACAUAUUGACGACACGACUACACUACAUCGAGCCUAUCAUCGCAGAAUUCCAUCAUUGUCGGGGGCUCUCUAUGCAUAAGACCAAGCAGUGGAACAUAAAGCCAGUCCAAAAAGAUGGACGAUGCCUCACCAGUGAGAAGGAGAGAGUUUCUCGAUCCCGCUUCUGCGACCGAACGACGGACUUUCCCCGCACAACCGUUGAACUACUCUUCGUCGGCUUUGUUGGAUGCACAACGAGGACAAAACGGACCAAGUUCCUCCUGGGACAGGCUACGCCCAGAUUUGAAGACGAACGCAGACGAGCAGUUAAGGCUCAACUUUCCUUGGCCAUUCUUGGGGUUCGUUGGUCACUGAGAUCGAAGAGGAGACCCCUGGAGAGAACGGGGAAAUUUAAGGAAAAAAGGGCGAGGAGCUUUGAGUUUGAAGGUGGUCUCUUCCGUUCAGAAUCAGUGACCACUGACUGCUGACCUUCAUUAAAGCAGGCUGCAAAUCAUGCAAAUGUUUCUGGUUCAUCUGAGUCAUCCACAUCGGCAACUUCAAGUGUUGCGUCAGGACGUGACGAGCAAGAUGCUCCUAUGAGCAGUGUUGAGCUAGAGGAAGAAAAAGCGCGAUUAGCACAAAGGAUGACGCAGCGAGGCUCGGUCGUAGGAUCACGCGGCGUGCCAACUUAAGGACUGGAUCUAUAGAAUUUGAAUUUCAACAUAUUCACAAGUUGUUACCUAAUCUAACUGCUCCCAAGUUGUUACCUCUUCGUUUUCUAACCUUCAGUCUUCACCACGACGAUAACUCCUCGUGGCACGUUCACGUCUACGGGAGGAUACACGCCACCUGCACAGAGCACAGGACCACCAGACGCUAACAACAGUGACAUAUUCGACCGCGAGAAGAUGGACGAGCGAGAAUGGUAUCUCGAGAAACGAACACUCUAUCGACGCGAAUUGUUUCAUUAUGGUGGAUGUUGAUGUACUUGGUUGAUUGGUGUCGUGGGUGUCUAUGUCUACAGCCACUUUCUUGGUUGGAAAGUUGGGAUAGUGAUGUAUCUAUUUUGUUGACACUAGAAAUCGUACACCAACAGUCAAUUCAUACUUCUCUACUACAUUUACAUCACGAGAAGAAAAAUCGUAUCCACGACUUACAUUCUCUAAUCCCAAGAUCUCCCUCAGUUUUACGCAAAAUGUUUAUUGUGGCCUUUGCUUCCAGCGGCUAUGGGAGGCGCUCUGCAGGUAGCGCUGGAUAGAGCGUUGCCUAUACCGCAAACCAGGCCAUGGUCUGCACAAAUGGCGAUGGGGAGAUUGUACUUGUUAUGUUGCUUCUUUGUGGCCUCUAAGUAUGAUGCCUAAUGCAAGAGCAGACUACCAUACUGCUGGAGGUCCUUACUUUUUUUCAACAUUCAUCUGAUUCACAUUGUGUAAAAAUUAACUAAACGUACUCAUCCACCCGCCCCUAUCCCGCCUUGCUUCUCCGCCACAUCCCAGGUAUUUCUUUUUCGCUUUACAGUGUCCGUUGCAGGCGAUCCAUGAGCGACAGUCUGCGUGGCAUUGGGCCUUUGCUGGAGGCAUGGUAGGAGCGUUUGAUUACCAUAUGGGCAACGCUACGUUGGUCUCAGACUUCUUGCGGAACUCAGAGUACUUUGAACUCCGUAAGAACGCUAAACGUGGUGAUUGGAGGUAUUUGUUGCGGUAUACUCAGCCAGUGCACAUCAGCUUCUGCACCUACGCUCUUGGUGCGGGCUUGCUUGCGCGGUUUGCUGGGGUGCCGUGGUGAGGGCGGUAAGUCUGAAGUCUAAGAGUGCGGUGAAACAUAAAAAAGAACUAUGAUGGAUUUCGCAUAGCAUUUGUUGGUUCAUUACCUCGAUACAUAUUUGCCCUUCGUUUUUAUGAAUCAUCUUGGUUACCAAGAGGGAGCUCAUGCCCACUUUCUUGUUUCAAAUGCGUGCUUGUACAUAUUUGUCAGGUAGGCACACACAGACAUUCUAACAAAGAUACAACUACUUUCUUGUAUAGAUUGUGAACAGCAGAAAGCUCGCCCAUUGUUAUGUAUGCAGAUACCGAGCUAGUUGUUGUAGGAGGAGAGUCAUAACAUAGGUAGCACUCGUAGGAGAAGUGGAAGGAAUAACAUCAAGGUCGAGAGACUAACUACACUGUAUACGACUCUUUUGGACAUGAAAUGUAACAAAAAUCACGACCGCGUAGAGAAUUAUAGGUGUUGGAGGGAUCCCUGUAUAGCUAUAGUUUUCCACGACGGUAUCUUCUUCCUAAGACAAUUCGGGCUCCAUUGUAAUGAUCGGAAUUUGUUCAGCAGGGAACACAGACAAAAAUUUCACCUUAUCAGAGGAUAAGCUUUGUACCGAAGUUAGCACCGAAUGUUCCUG